AUGGUUAAAGACAAACAAUCCGUUCUUGAAAUUGAUAGAGAUGUCAUCCAAAGUUUACCAGAAAAUGGUAUUCCUGAUGAGCUAAGGUAUGUCAUUGAUGAAAAUGAGCUUUCAGUUCAUGUUGAAAAUGAGGGGCCUCCCCAAGACCCAGUAAUGAGUGCUAAUGGAGGUGUGGAAGAGUUAGUUUUAGGAAGUGGCAGUACAUCGUUUAUUCCUAUGCGUCAAAGACAGAGAAAAGAAGGUGCGGCUAUCCAAGAUGCAGUAAAUGAGGUUGAUCUGUUAGACUGGUCAUCUACUGAAGGUAAUCUCAUUAAUGAAUUUAAAACAGAUGGUUUAGCUACUAUGGCCUUUCCUACAUUGUUUCCUUAUGGGAAGGGUAACCCAACAAAUAGGGCAAGACAACAUGGUAUAACGUUAACCGAAGCUUUCAAACAUUUAAUGAAGUUUGCAGAGUCGCUUGCAGAUGGUAAGUUUGAAUGGAGGUUUGCUUCUCACCCACGGUUUCCUUAUUGGGCGUUAAAUAUGAAACAACGGCAUCAGCUGUUGUCACAAGCGUUUACUUGCGUCAACACCCUGCUGAUGCAAACAUGACAAUGGAAGAACUGAAGCAGAUGGUCAAUUCCAUGAGUGCAAAUCAAAUGGUAAAUAGGUUGCAGCGCUAUGUGUCCAAAGUACAAGGUACGAAUCAGUAUUGGUAUCAGCGGCUGCAGGAAUUGCUGGCCCUGAUUGAACAAAAAGUUUGCCCUACUUUUUUCUUUACCUUUAGUGCAGCUAACAUGCAUUGGCCAGACUUACAGAGCCUGUUGCAGAAUGAUGAAGGUGCAAGCAGAUCUGAGCGAGCACAAGCUGUAAUCGACAAUCGCCAUCUGACUGAUUGGUUCUUUAUGCAGCGGCUGCAGGAGUUUGUCAGACAUUGGCUUAAUGGCGUCUUGGAUGCUGAGUGGCACUGGUAUCGAUUUGAGUACCAAGCUAGGGGAAGUAUUCAUUGCCAUGGAUGUGCAAAGUUAAAAAAUGACCCUGAUAUUCGAAAAUUACGUAAUAAAGGAUGUGUUGCAUUCCUAGAGAGUGAGACAACAAGGUACGAAAUGUCACCUGAUGAUUUUGAAUUCCUUUGCGGGGAUGUGAUAAGACAGGGGAGAAGAUGCUGAGAAGUUGUUAAAACAGUAAAAAAAUAUUUUCCAUAUUAAUGUUUCCAAUGCGUACUAUACGUAGAUCAAGCUAACUGUGCAGAAUCUGUUGUGGGAUAAUUGUUUCAAUAAUAAAAUUUUAUCCUGCAACAGGCCUUCAAAUGCAUGUAUACCGGCACAAUACCGGUUCAUAAUUAUUGCAGUAGUUACACAAUACCGGACUCGCUUCUCAUAGUGCAGGUCAAAUGUUCAUGUCAACUACUGUAAAAAGCGAAUUUUGUAUUAUGCAUGUAUUAACCACUGCUGCCUAUUUUGGAUAUAACUUUUGCCUAAAAUUGUCGCAUACAACCUGCUUAUAUGCAUGUAUACAACUUGAGUGUACUGGGUGAACCAGCACACAACUAUGCCUAUGACAACGUAAGUGAGUAAAUGCAAGUUUAAUACAGUGAAUAACAGUGUCAACUUGUGUCCUUGAUAAUUUACACAGUAAAACUCAAGUUCUACAAGCAGGUUGCAUAAGGCAAAAGUUGUGUAGUGUAAAUCUGCCUUAAUACACAAAACACUCACCAAAUAUCCAGCUAAUAAUAUAUGCAGAUAGCCAAUCUCCACAAUUUUGAAAGGUCUUUCGCCCAUCUUUUUGAUUAUUAUGCAUAUUUUAUUAUAUUAUAAUACGGUAGUAUUAACGACAUUAACUUUGCUACAUUAAAAUUGAAAAAGUAACAAUAUUUUACAUGUAAACAAAAAUUCCUAAUAAAAUUCCUUAAAAGGUUUCAAUUUUCCUCAAAGGAAUUUUCAAUAAUUUCUGAAGAUUUCAUUGGAAUGUAAGAAAUUACAUAAAUAGAAAGUGGAAAUUUAACUGUGGUCAUACAGGUUUCACAGGAAAAUGCUUCACUCAGUCAAUGGUGUGAUUAAAACUGUUUUAUGACUAAUUCGGUAACAUUUGGCUAAUAGAAAAAGCGCACAUGUUUAAUAAUAAGUUAUGAUUAUUUUAAAGGUAUGUUGACUGGCUGGUGACAACUUUUAAUGAGGAAUUGCCAGAUGAAAACUGGAGGAUACCAGACCCUCACCCAUCUGCUGUUAGUGCUACAACAGUGGAUAAUCGUGACGAUAAUUAUCACAGGUUAGUUAAUACUGUAGAACAACACACUAGAUGCAGUCCAGCAUAUUGUUUGAAACAGAAAAGAGUGGACCUGCUUGCAGAAUGCAGAUUUGGUUUUCCAAAGCCAUUACAGGAAGAAACAGAACUGAGUCUUGAGCUAGUGGUGGGUAAGAAUACUAAGUCUGUUGAGUCUGAGUUACACACCAAACGAAAUGAUCAAAGGUUAAAUUCACAUAACAGGGUGAUGCUCGAAAACUGGCGGGCUAAUGUAGAUUUGCAAGUCAUUGUAGAUGAGAAAGCUUGUGCAUGAUACAUGGCCAAGUAUGCUGUGAAAGGAGAACCCCGAUCGAAAUCAGCGUCAGAAAUACUAAAAUUGUCUGUGUCCUCAUUACAGAAUGAUGAUCAAGUCUCUUCGGCCUUCAAGAAAGCAAUGAUCCAAGUUGCUGGAGAUAGAGAUAUGGCAGCACAAGAAACUGCGCACAUGCUACUUAGUCUACCACUGAUUGGCUGCACAUUUAGUUUUGUUACUAUUUCUUUAGAUAACAGCAGGAACGUUAAUAUUGAUGCAGAAAAUGAAGGCGAUGAGGUACUUAAAAAAUCUGCGCUACAAGAAUAUACAGAACGUACAAAAUUAAAGAGUAGGUAUACAGGCUUGUCUCAGCUAAAUCUGAUGCAAUAUGUGUCACAGUACACGAAAGUCAGAGGUGAGUUGUCAAAACGAGCAAAUCCGUACAUUGUCAGGACAUUUCCAAAGAUUUCCGCUAAUCCUGCUGGUCCUGAUUUUGGAAAAUACUGCAAAUAUCAACUAAUAAAGUUUAAACCAUGGGAGGGUCAACCGUCAAAUGCUUGGAACGACGAGGAUGAAAGUGAUCAAAUGUUUAUUAAUGCAUAUGAAUUUUUUCUUAUGACAGAUGAAUUUGCGGAAGAAAAUGUGUUUAGGUAUUCCGAUGAAACAGACAGAGUUCAUGAUGCGCAAUGUGGUCAAACUUUUGAAAACGAUCAAAGUGACAAUCAAGAUGAUGACAACGAAAGUGAAGUUGACCCUGAUGAUGAGGAAGUCGAUGAUUGGAUGUUGUUAUGCAGAAUUAACCAAGAUUAUGGUGAAGCAGGGAAUCGGAUGUCAGACAAUGAAGCAGUGGACUGGUUUGAAACGGUAAGAGCUGUGCCUAGAUUGUUAAGGGAAUCUCCAGGAUGGAUCUAUAGUCAGAGAAAGGAGGCUGAAGAACAUGGUCAGCAUUUUCGAGAAGAUGAUCAACAAUGUGUAAUUGAUCCGGGGACCCUGAAUGAAAAACAACGCCUUGCUUACAACAUCAUCACAUCUCAGAAUGGUGAUAAUGCCGAGCCUGUUUAUAUGAUUGUGUGUGGAACAGCUGGCACAGGUAAGACAUACUUAAUAAGUGCAACGAAACAAGUAUUAGCCGCCCAGUGUGUUGUUACAGCAACUACUGGGAUUGCAGCCUUUAAGGACCCCGAAGCAAUUGCUUUUACAGCCUUGCUGAUGAGAAUGCGAAAUGGAGAAGUGACAGGGGAGGACUGGAAACUAUUGUUGGAGCAUUCAACAACAAAUGUACCAAUGGAUCAAUUUACUGAUGCUAUCCGAUUGUACUUUGACAAGAAAAGUGUUGCUGAAUACAAUUACGAGAAGCUAUUGCAGCUUGGACAACCUGUUGGUAAAAUUCAGGCAAAGCAUUCUGGUUAUGGUGCCAGUGCGGCCAUGUCAGACGAAGCUGGUGGAUUGGACGCUGUUCUGUUUUUAUCCACAAAAGCAGAAGUAAUGCUAACUUGCAACCUGUGGGCUGAAGUUGGUCUCUGCAAUGGCUCAUUUGGCACUAUCGAGCAGAUUUGGUUUGCAGAGAAUAUGGGUCCACCAAACCUGCCAAUAGCAGUAUUGGUACACUUCCAUAGUUACUCUGGUCCUGCAUUUUUAGAUUCAUGUUGUAAAUGUAUACCUGUGCCACCGAAAGUGUUUGAAUGGGUGGCUGAUGGAAAGUACUUGUCAAGGCAACAAGUGCCCUUGCGGUUAAGGUAUGCAAUGACCAUUCAUAAGUCACAAGGACAGACACUAACAAAAGCUGUUGUUGAUUUAGGUAAAGGAGAAAAAGUUGCUGGAUGCACAUUUGUAGCUACAUCGCGGGUAAGAUCGAUUCAUGAUAUUGUGUUUGAACCUAUGACAUUUGAUCGCCUGAAAGCAAUUGGUAGGAGUAAAAAUAUGCAAAAACGACUCCAAGCUGAACAGCGACUUAAAGUGCUUGCAGAGAAAACUGUCCAAACAUAUAGUACAAGUACGUCAUGA